AUGUUGGUGGUGAAAUUCCGCUAUUGGCACGUGUGCAAAUCCAUCUCUCGCGCUCUCGCGCACUACAGACAGAGCAGUGUUGUCUCGAGCUCGCCGUGAGCGGACUGUUACCGAGGCUCCUGACGGCGGAGGGAGGGACACACAGUCCGGAUGCUCCUUCAUGAGGAGUAAAGCAAUACAUCAGCGACUCCAAUGCGGUGCCAAAUGUUUCUAAUUCGGUUUCUGCGUCCGUUUCCCGCAGGAUACCGUUUGGUAAAAAAUGCGCAUAUGAAAUAAACGUGGGUGGGAUCCCUUCUGCAUUGGCCACUGGAUCUACUGCCGUUAAAACGCGGAUCUGCGUUUGGAGAAACGCUGGAAAAUUGAUCUGUAUGCCGAGCAAACUGGAUGGAGAUUUCUGAGGGAGAUUUCCGCGCCGGUGUGAAUAGACGCUUUGUCCUUUGCGUCUUUUUUCACGUCUUCUGAGAGGAUUGUAUCCGUGUUUCUCCUCAAAUGGUCUUAUUUUCGUGUUUAUCCACUAAACACGACGAUAUCGUACUGUUUUUUUUCCUCACAGUGCCAUGUUUUCUCUGAGGCGAUCCGACGUGAGGCGAAAAGUCUGACUGGACCUCCUUCAGAAGUAAACCAUCAACAUUUCUGGAUCCUUCGACCGUUUUUCAUUCUAACUCUGUUUUGGAAGCUAUAAUUCACGUUUUGGAUUAAAUAUAUCCUAAACGGAAAGUCUGUUUUGGGAUUUCAAAAGGUCGCUUGAAUCGAGUCAGCCGUUUGGAAUGAAGAACCGUUAAGAGUAGCCGUUAAAUAUUUCGCGGCAUAUUUGGAUUCGAAUUCCUGGUCUAUAUUCAUACGUUUAUCGUUUUAUACAUACCACACAAUACAUUUAUCCAAGUGAGCAUUUUGUGUCGAGACUCUGGACCCAGAGGAGGUGAUUUAGACAUCAUCUAUCUGAAGAUCCCGGACAUUUCUGUGCUGCUCUGAACUUGAGGCGUUUGGAUGCUCCAGGACGGAGGUGGCAUCACUCCAGUUACCCAGAAGCCCUUGAAAAGACGAGAGAUGCCCUUUUGAGAUGACUGACACUGGAACAAACUUCAUAUCUGGUUUAGGCAGCUGAUGAAUCAUGGAGAGGCUGGUGUUUUACGUGCUGGUGUUCGGCGCGCUGGUGAAGGCUCAGCAUUGCCCGGGCCGCUGCAUCUGUCAGACCAUCUCGCCCACGCUCACGCUCCUCUGCGCCAAAACCGGCCUGCUCUUCGUGCCACCCACCAUCGACCGCAAGACCGUCGAGCUGCGUCUGACCGACAACUUCAUCACGGCCAUCCGGCGGAAAGACUUCCUCAACAUGACGAGCUUGGUGCACCUCACUCUGUCCCGCAACACCAUCAGCCAGAUCGCGCCACACGCUUUCCUCGGCCUGAAGGCUCUGAGAGCGCUGCACAUGGACGGAAACCGACUGACAGUCAUCAACAGCGACCAGCUGAAGGGUCUGAUCAACAUCAGACAUCUGAUCCUGGGCAAUAAUCAGAUUCACCACGUCGAACUGUCCACCUUCGACGAGUUCGUCUCCACCAUCGAGGACCUGGAUUUGUCCUACAACAACCUGAGGACGUUACCAUGGGAAGCCAUCGCCAGGAUGACCAACAUCAACACCUUAACCCUGGACCACAAUCUGAUCGACCACAUCGGCACCGGGACCUUCACGCUCCUCACCAAGCUGGUGCGGCUGGACAUGACCUCGAACCGUCUGCAGACGCUUCCGCCAGACGCGCUGUUCCAGCAGGCGCAGGUGCUGUCCGAGCCCAGAGCGUCCGGCUCGUCCCGGCUGACGGUGAGCUUCGGGGGAAACCCGCUGCACUGUAACUGCGAGCUGCUGUGGCUGCGGCGCCUGACAAGGGAAGACGACCUGGAGACCUGCGCUUCUCCGGAGCACCUGAUGGACAAGUACUUCUGGUCUAUUCAGGAGGAGGAGUUCAUCUGCGAGCCACCGCUCAUCACCAAACACCAGGUCACCAAAUCCUAUGUGAUGGAGGGUCAGGGCGUGACUCUAAAGUGUAAGGCGAUGGGUGAUCCCGAUCCUACAAUUCACUGGCGCUUUCCCGAUGGCAAACUGGUCCACAAUAACUCGCGCACAAUCCUGUACGACAAUGGCACGCUGGACAUCCUGAUCACCACGCUCAAGGACAGCGGCGCCUUCAACUGCGUGGCCUCCAACGCUGCCGGCAUCGCCACCGCAGCCGUGGAGGUCAACAUGAUUCCACUGCCGCUCUUCGUCAACAACUCGGGUCACAUGAGGGAGGCCGACCCGGGACUCUCCGACAUCACCACCUCCACUAAAUCUGGCAGCAAUGACACCAAACCGCAAAACAAGAGGGUGGUGGUGGAAAACCUGACCGCAAACUCGGCCGUCAUCCACUGGCCGUCCGAGCGCCACAUUCCUGGGAUCAGAAUGUACCAGAUCCAGUACAACAGCACCGUCGACGACACCCUGGUGUACAGGAUGAUUCCGUCGGCCAGUAAGACGUUCAGGAUCAACGAUCUGGCGGCGGGCCGCGAGUAUGAGCUGUGUGUGUUGGCGGUGUAUGACGACGGCAUCACGUCUCUGACGGCCACACGCGUGGUGGGCUGCGUUCAGUUCCACACGGGCGCCGAGGCGGGGCAGUGCCGCUUCAUCCCCAGCCAGUUCCUGGGCGGCACCAUGAUCAUCAUCAUCGGCGGCAUCAUCGUGGCCUCCGUCCUCGUCUUCAUCAUCAUCCUCAUGAUCCGCUACAAGGCUUACGGCGGGGCCGAUGCGGCCAAAGGCAAAGCACGUGGAGACGCCAGCGUAAACAUGCACUCGCAGACCAACGGGAGUCGCCCGGGACGCUCCGGUUCGAAGCAGGAGGAGCGAGCCGAGUCGCCCGGCGGGAAAGACUGCAAGGCUCUGGUGCUGCUGAAGAUGGAGGAGACGCAGGAGGAGCUCAAAGUCGAGCUUCCGUCCGAGAAAGCAGCGCCACCGUUGUCGUCUCGGAGAGCCAGUCUGGGCGACGAAACGCAGACGGACAGCAGCCUGACGGGCUCCACCAUGUCCCUGUGUCUGAUCGGCUCCGGGGCCAACCCGGCCGAGCCCCCUCGGAAGGGGCCGCUGGCCAACAUGGGGCUCCUGCCCAGCGAGCUGGCCCGGACUCGGCAUCGCUUCUCCUUCGACGGAGACUAUGCUCUAUUCCAGAGCCACAGUUACCCGCGACGGGCUCGAACCCGCCGGCACAAAUCCACCACCCAGCUCAACACAGACGUGUCGCCGCCCUGCAGCCGGAGGGUGACCUUUAGCAGCACAGAGUGGAUGUUGGAGAGCACGGUGUGACGGACUGAAGCACACACACACACACACACACUCGGACUGUCUACAUAUUGACGUUGUUGCAGUAACACACACUCUGUUGAUUCCUGUGUCCGGUUUAACACGUAUCAAACAUGCAGCUCUGCUGCCAAACCUAGUGAGCUGCCUACUUAAGACGGUGUCUAAAGAUGCAUUAAAUUGAUCAAAAGUGACAGUAUAGACAUUUCUAAUAAAUAAAUAAAUGCUGUUCUUUUGAACGUUCUUUUCAUCAAAGGAUCCUAAAAAAUAAAAUGUGUGCAGCACAACUGUUUUCAACAUUGAUAAUAAUCAGAAAUGUUUCUUGAGCAGCAUAUUAGAAUGAUUUCUGAAGGAUCGUGUGACACUGAAGACUGGAGUAAAAUUCAGCUUUGAUCACAGGAAUAAAUUCUGUACAUUUUACAAUAUAUUCACAUAGAAAACAGCUAUUUUAAAUUGCAAUACCAUUUUGAAAUUUUUCCAGUGGUUCUCGUGUGUUUUUACAUUAUAUUUUACAUUGAAAGUACAGACUCAAGAUUUAUUUUUAUGUUCAUGCACUGACAUUUUUAAUCAUACAAAAUCGUAUUGGAAUGGUUUCAUUGGCACCAAUAAUUCACUUCUAACAUAUUUAAUGUUGCCUGGGUUGUUUUUUUUCUGUUACGUUAUACAGUUUAGUUCAGAUGAAUUUACAUCAACACACUGUUGUUGUUGUUUUUUUAGCUUACUUUUUAGUAUCUUUAGUUAUUUUUAUUAUUUUUUAUUAUAGUAUUUAUGAAUAGUUUUAGUUUUAUUCCAGGUAGUAGUUUUAGUACUUCAGGCAUUUUCAAAACUUUUAAGUGUUUCACCUAAUAUCUGUAUUUUAUUUUAUUUCAGAUAACAAAAAUGUUUUAAAUAUUUUUAGGUUAGUUUUAGCUUUAUUUAAUUAGAUUGUGCAAUUUUAGUUUUAUUUCAGUUAGUAAUUUUAGUAGUUUAACUUAUAUCAGGCAACAUUUUUUUUUUUUUUUUUUUUAAUGUUUAGUUUAAGUUUUCACCACCUAGUAUUCAUAUUUUAGUUUAUUUCAGCUCCAUUUGAAUUAACAUAUAUAUAUGGUAAAUUAUUAUGGCAAAAUUACAUCAAAAUCAGAUCAAUAUACAUCAGAAUGCUAUUUGCAUGGAAAAUAUGAAAAGUGUUUUCUCCUCCCUUAUAUAAUUUGAUAAUCUAUUUAUUUGACUAUCCUAACUAUUUAUGAUUAGUUGCAUUUUAUGUUUUGCAUUAAUCAUAGUUUUGCUCUUGGUGAGCCAUCGGAACAGACCUGAGACCUUUUUUACACCACUGUAUUGUUAACUUGCAACAUGCUAACAUCGAAUCAGUGUCACAUGUGGAGUUCAGAGUGUUUCAAAUCAGUUGGAUGCGGCGUUAGAAGGCAGCUCCCUAUGUAGGCGGCUCACUAGGGUUCGAAACAGAGCUCAGUAGUGUGAUAUGAUAGAGCACAGUCUGACCCGUCCUGCCUCCUCCUGCGGUCCUAAAGAGAGUCCGUAAUGCAGCGGUGCCUUAUCUAAUGACCAACCCACGGAGGAUGCUGCUAUCUGAGGUUACAAACACACCCGUCCUGUCCCGUCCCGUCCGCACAGGUCUCUUUCGUUAGUCUUUUUGUUUACUAUGUGAUGCCAAGGGUGCAGAAGCAGGAGGAAGUGACUGCGUUGGUUUGCGGUGAUGAUACGCAUCCAGGUGAGCGCUGUGUGUGAAUGUGUAUAUGUCCAAUACUUUUCAAAGACUUUUGCACAGAAGACACGAGAUAUAUACGGAUACGUAUCGCACCAGUCUAUACAACAAUAAAAAACUAUUGCGAAAUAGAUCUAUACAAAUAACAUUCGGUUUUUCAGGAAGAACGGACCAGGUUUUCUACAAUAUGAGGACGAUUCGCAGCUGGAUGGACUUCUUUCUGAACCGGUAUUGUGCUGAUGUGACUGUAUCCAAAAAUCGGUUUUGUAUCUGGCUGGUCUAGAUAAAAAAUAAUGAUUAAAAAAAAAAAUCAAAAGAAAUAAGACCAAUAUUGACAGCAACGACAAAUACAUAUAUAAGUAUAUUAAAAUCUCUCGGUGUAUGUGUUCUGAAUAUGUAAGUCAUAGGUGACAUGACUUUUUACGAAACAUUUUGGAGUGCUGGCGUACGGUUUUUACAUUAAAAACCACUGUCAUCACUGAUCCCCACGUUUAGCGUAUUAAAGUUUGGACCAUUUAUGCCUCACAAAAAGGGGAUUAAAUUUUUUUGUGUGGGUUGACUGUAUGAGGUGUUUUUGUCUUUUCUUCUUGCACAUUUUCCUCACACGUUUCUCUCGCAUGCUGAAUGUGUCCGUAAUUAUGGGAUCUACCAAGCAACCAAAUAUACCACAUCUAAUUAUGGUUUCGUGAAGAUUUCAGAUGUUUUGGGGUUUUUUUAUACAAACACGGUUUUAUUCUCAGAUACAGUGUACAAGGGCUCUGCAGUGAUCAAAAUGCAUUAAUAUCAUUUUAUGAAAUAUUCCUUCCUGUCUGUUAUACUGUGAAAGAUGCACAUUAUGGACAAACAUUUUUGCAAAUAUCUUAGCUAAGGUUUAAAGUUUAAGCUCUACUUAAAUGCAACUAAUGUUCUGCUUACUUCUUCAGU